AUGGACUCCACCCAUCCCUCACCCUCCUUACACCCCCAUUUCCGACAGUCCAUGAAGGCACCAACCCUGGGCCAGUCGCCCAGCUAUCCCUCUCCAGCACGAAGUGACUCGGCUGUCAAUUACUCUCCAGACGGGCUCGGGCUAUACAACUACUCGAUAACACUCCCGGUAGGCCAACCUCAGAACGCCUCGACGCUGUAUCCUCCCUCGCCUCAGCCUACCGAGGCCUGGAAUCCUCACAUGAGUAGCAGCACGUCUCCUCUAAUGCCAGAGGUUUUAGCAGAUCAGUGGCCCAGUCUAUACGAUCCACCCGUCACUCGUUCGCCUCUUUCUUGGAACCAGGCCUUUUCAUAUCCUCCUCCUGGGCUUGUUGACCCCAACCGUUCUCCCGGCCUCCGGGCACACCACCACUACUCGCACCGAUCUUCCGUGUCAUCUUCGAACGAGACGUCGAUGUAUUCAAGAGCCGGUUCCGAGGCGGUAUUCACGCCCAACGUCAAGCUUGAAGCGCCCCACGAUUGGCUCGACGAUGGAGACGUUUCUCCUCACGGCGUCCUUCGUCAGCAGCCGUUGACGGUCUCCCCAGAUCGGCUGUCAAACAAUGCCUUGUAUCGCUACGAUUACGGCUCGCCAACACUCCAGAUGAUGGAUUCGGAGGCCGCAGCAGAGUCUGCUAAGAUGGAAGAUAGGAACAGCAGAAGCGCGCCGCCUGAGAGGCGAAGGAGCUCGGGCAGAAGAGAACAUUUCGCCGAUCGUAGCAGCCGCAUGAGAAUCAGGCGGAAUCCUACGACACCGCAGAACGCAAACUACGCCUGCGAGAUCUGCCACAAGCUGUUCCAACGCAGUUACAACCACAAGGCCCACAUGACGACGCACGAUCCGUUGAGGGAGCAUCCCCACAAGUGCCCAUAUCCCAACUGCCAACGAGGGUUCGUUAGGAAGACGGACUUGUCGAGGCACGAGCAGAGCGUGCAUGUGAAGACAAAGAACUUCAAGUGUGCUGCAUGCGAGGCCCACUUUGCCCGAAGGGAUACGCUCCGAAGACAUGAAGAGGACGGGUGCCCGAGACGCUUCGAGGUUGGACAGCACAACUUAAUCCCUCUACGCACGGCGACAUCGCGAUCUGCCGGAAGCCCGGACGGACCGGCCACCGUACGCCAAGAGUACGACAGCCCCGCAGACUCGUCGCCUGCAGGCCAACCCACACCACUCUUCAAGACCGAAGACUUUUCGCGACUAUAG